AUGGCAAAGGCAGCUGAUCUGUUGCUCUGUGUUUCGUCAUUUUCUCUCUUAGUUAUCUUUCAUACUUCUCUGGUCGUACUCGUAGCCGUUACUAAUGCAGAUGAUCAGGUGGCUCCUAAACCUGCAGCAAUUUUCAUAUUUGGAGACUCGACUGUGGAUGUUGGCUGCACCAACCAAUGGUUGAACAAUAGUUAUUCGAGAGCUGAUUUUUCUCCCAAUGGAGUUGAUUUUCCUCAUUCUGUUCCGACGGGGAGGUUUAGUAAUGGCCUUAACAGCGCUGACCAAGUUGUAAGACUAUUUAGGUACAAGAGAAGUCCGCAACCAUUCUUGUAUUCUCUGAACCAUCAAUCCACUUUCAAAAGAGAUAUACUGCAGGGAGUUAAUUUUGCAUCCGGAGGAUCCGGCAUAUUCAACCAAACAGGAAAAAAGGACUAUGGAGAAGUUGUGCCACUGGGAGAUCAGGUCAAACAAUUUGCGACGGUUCGUGGAAAUAUCACAGAACUAAUUGGUCUUGCGGCAACUGAGAUAAUGUUUUCCAAGUCUUUGUUCGUUAUUAGUAUAGGAAGCAAUGACCUGUUCGAGUUAGUGAAAUGGCAUCCAAAUAUCACUUCCUUGGCUAAGGAUGAUGAUGCGGGAAGCGACUUAUACAAUCUGGGAGCUAGAAAAUUCGGGAUUAUAAGUGUUCCUCCAAUUGGAUGCUGUCCUGCUGCACGUGUUGGACCAAAAUCGAAUGACUCCAGUGUUUGUGUAGAGGAGCUAAACAAUCUUGCCUCAACAUUUCUUGCAAAAACUGAGGAUCUCCUCCAAAAAUUGAGCUCAGAGUUGAAAGGACUCGUGUACUCGCUUGGAAAUGCUUAUGAAAUGACUAUGAGUAUACUUGAAGACCCAUUGGCGUUUGGCUUCAAGGACACUCAAUCAGCCUGCUGUGGGUCAGGAAAGUUAAAUGGAGUGUUUCCUUGCUUCUUCUUACUCGGUCCCAACCUUUGUCCGAAUCGGCGGGAGGUUUUGUUCUGGGAUUUGUAUCAUCCUACGGAAUAUGCUUCCGAGCUAGCAGCACUAACCCUUUAUGGUGGAGGAACAAGAUACGUCACACCUAUAAACUUUAGUCAGUUGGGGUGGCUAUAA